AUGAAAUGCAAUAUUCGUGAACUCGCUCAACUGAGCGAUCGACCUUGUGUAAUAGAAGGAAGACUAAACUAUAAGAAGAUUACCAAUGGCAGUUAUCGUAAUCCAUCAGUGUUUAAAGAGAGAUGGUUUCGUCUAAUAAACAAUUAUUUAUUUUAUUUCAAAAUAAGUGAGAUGGGGAAAUUCGAUACAAAAAAUCCCGCAGGAAUGUUUGUUUUAGAAAACUCUUCAAUACAAAUGGAACAUGGACAAAGUAUUCCAUUCUCAUUUUCAAUAUCAUUUAUAGAUGAACCAGAGAAGCGCCAUAUAUUUGCUGCACGUGCCGAGGAUAAUGUGGUGCAAUGGGUGAUAAAAUUACGAGAGUGCUCUUAUGAAUAUUUGCGCAACAAACUUCAUGCUUUACAGUCUAAAAUAUAUGCUGUAACAGGAAAGGACCCUUUACUGUUAGUACCGAGAAAUGAAGGUGCUUGUCUAUGGGCGCCAUCUGUGCCUUUUUCCACGGCCCCUGCCUGCACUGUUAAUACCAGUUCAUUUAGUUGCCAUUUGCACACAAAUGGCGCUUUUACAUUAGAAAGAAGCAAAUCAGAUGUUCAGGCUGACAGACUGUUACGUACGGAAUAUACAAACACAGCUACAUUUUAUACAGAUGAUAGUAGCACUAGCAUAGACAAACGAAAUAAAAUAUGUAAUGAAGUCUACUCUCUGGAGAGAAGUAAAACAUCUGCCCUUUUACCAGGGAGUUUGAAUCCUAUAGAUGGGUCGAUAUUCGACAACCGACCGCCGUACUCCAGAGCGGCACCUAGUCCCCCUGUCAGAACGAAACUAUCACCUGCCAGCAGACGAGUUGAAGCUAAUCGUGAAGUAAGGUACUUUUCGGAGCAAGGACAUCACUUAGGUCUUACAGGAAUUUUAGAUGAAGCACCAGUGAAACCCAGAAGAAAAGUUUCACCAAAAAACCUAGAUGUACAAAAAACGGAUACUGAGAUUACCAGUAACAAUACUAGCGCGGGCCAUGGCGAAGCCACAGACGAUCUGAUUAAGUUUUAG